GUUGAGCGAAGGGAGCAGGACGAGUGUUUGGUACACAGAACUGUCGCAGGGAGCAGGGCCGAAUCAGCCGGUGUUGGGUGUCACGUCCCUGCUGCAGCGGAGGUUGUCAACACUUGACCUGGAUCACGCUCUGCGUGCCUUCCGUGAUCCGGUCCGGAUUACUUUUUUUUGUUUGAGGACGGAGGAGGACGACGCGCCCUCUGUGCCAGUGUGUUUAUGCCGCAGCUGGCUGCAGAUGGGUCUGCACUGAGGAAGUUUGGACCUAAGGACGGCACUUGUCAGCGGUGCUCUGGGGGUCAUAACCUCUUGAACCCAAGCGGCCGCCGCUUCUCUUUGGCUCCUCAGAAGCCCCCUUUACAUCUCCCCCUCUGGCAUGACGUGGACACGAUGUCAGAUUCUAGCCCCUGGACGGUGUUGUCCAACUUAAACGUGCCACAUUUCUUCACCGGAGCCCGUCUGCGCCGAUCCCAAAGCUGUCGAACAAGCAACAGAAAGAGCCUGAUCGGAAGCGGUCAGUCAUCGGGUUUACCACGACCGCACUCUCCACUCUCUUCUCUUACAGGAACGAGCCCACAAGACAGCCCGAGAAAUUUCUCCCCCAGUGCCUCUGCACAUUUCUCUUUUGCACGAAGUCAUUGCCACAGAGCAGACAGGACCGAUGGCCGUCGCUGGUCCUUGGCCUCCCUGCCCUCCUCUGGAUAUGGAACCAACACACCCAGCUCAACAGUCUCUUCAUCCUGUUCAUCACAGGAGAAGCUGCACCAGCUGCCCUUCCAGCCCACGCCUGAUGAACUCCACUUCCUCUCCAAGCACUUCACCACUGAGAGCAUCUCCGGGGAUGAGUGCUGCAGGACGACGACCAUGCGACCCCGCUCGCGCAGUCUCAGCCCUGGAAGAUCUCCUUCCUGUUACGACCACGAGAUCAUCAUGAUGAAUCACGUCUACAAGGAGCGGUUUCCCAAGGCCACCGCUCAGAUGGAGGAAAAGAUUCAGGAAAUCAUCCGCUGCAACUCUCCAGAGAGCGUCCUCCCUUUGGCAGACGGCGUGCUCGGCUUUGCCCACCAUCAGAUAAUUGAGCUAGCCCGGGACUGUCUCGAAAAGAGCCGUCUUGGUCACGUCACCUCCAGCUACUUCUGCGAACUCACAGACAAGCUAGAGAAACUUGUUCAAGAGUCCACAGAGAGGUCAGAAAGUGAGGAGGUAGACUUCAUCAGAGAGCUGGUAAAGAAGAUCCUCAUUGUGAUAGCUCGACCUGCUCGGCUGCUGGAAUGCCUGGAAUUUGACCCGGAGGAAUUUUACCACCUACUGGAAGCAGCUGAAGGACACGCUAAAGAAGGCCAGGGCAUCAAAACAGACAUCCCUCGUUACAUCAUCAGCCAGCUGGGACUCACUCGAGAUCCUCUAGAAGAAAUUGCACAGCUGACCAGUAGUGACAGUGGCAUUGCAGAAACACCAGAAACUGAUGACUCUUCUCAAAAUCUCGGCACCGUCUUGCGGUCUCGGAGGAAACCCUGUGAACUAGACUUUGAGAUGAUAAAACUCAUCAGCAAUGGUGCCUAUGGAGCUGUUUAUUUAGUUCGGCACAAGGAGACCAUGCAGAGGUUUGCCAUGAAAAAAAUCAACAAGCAGAAUCUGAUGUUGAGGAAUCAGAUCCAGCAGGCCUUCGUAGAACGGGACAUCCUAACCUUCGCGGAGAACCCCUUUGUUGUAUCAAUGUACUGCUCCUUUGAGACACGGCGGCACCUGUGCAUGGUGAUGGAGUAUGUCGAAGGAGGAGACUGUGCCACUCUUUUGAAAAACAUGGGUCCCUUGCCGGUGGAUAUGGCCAGAAUGUAUUUUGCAGAAACUGUUCUUGCUUUGGAAUAUCUUCAUAACUACGGCAUUGUCCACAGGGAUCUGAAACCUGACAAUCUGCUUGUGACCUCAAUGGGACACAUCAAACUGACCGACUUCGGCCUCUCUAAAGUCGGUCUGAUGAACAUGACCACAAACCUGUAUGAGGGACACAUAGAGAAAGAUGCCAGGGAGUUCUCAGAUAAACAGGUAUGUGGAACACCAGAGUAUAUCGCUCCAGAGGUGAUCCUGAGACAAGGCUAUGGGAAGCCGGUCGACUGGUGGGCUAUGGGCAUCAUCCUCUAUGAGUUCCUUGUGGGCUGUGUGCCUUUUUUUGGAGACACUCCAGAGGAGCUGUUCGGACAGGUCAUAAGCGAUGAGAUCAACUGGCCUGAUGGUGAGGAUGCUCCGCCUCCCGAUGCUCAGGAGCUCAUCACCCUGCUGCUCAGACAGAACCCUCUAGAAAGGAUGGGUGCAGGAGGAGCUGCUGAAGUGAAGCAGCAUCAAUUUUUCCACAACCUGGACUGGAAUGGCCUGCUGAGACAGAAGGCCGAGUUUAUUCCUCAGCUGGAGUCUGAAGACGACACAAGCUACUUUGACACUCGUUCUGAGAGAUAUCAUCACCUAGAGACCGAGGAAGAGGACACAAAUGAUGAAGACUUCAACGUGGAGCUGCGGCAGUUCUCCUCCUGCUCUCACCGAUUCUCAAAGGUCUACAGCAGCUUGGAUUUGUCCCGAGGGCAUCUGGAGGAGAAGGGAGAGGCGGAGGAGAAGAAGAGCGAGAGUCCGCUGACAGUCGACUCUCUGAGCUGGACGCCUGACUUUAAUGAAAUGCCUUCGCUGUCCCACUCUACAGACACAGACAGUGCGAAUCAGCUCCCUCAACCCGGUUUACUUCCCAAAUUUGCCAUCUCUGCUGAGAGCGAAGGAGACGACACCUCAGGCCUCAGCGACCCCAGCAAGGUGUCCUUCUCUAUCGGAGAGCUGCCACAGGAUGAGUCGGACGUUGUGACUCCCGGCAGCACUCACAGUGGAGCCACGCUUUCUGGUAGCUUCUCUGAACACCUGGACCAGCUGACUCCCAGAAGCGAGGAGGUAAAGGUUCCUGGUGGUACCAGUCAGGCCUCUACAGAUCAGGGGGCUCAGACCUCCUCUCUGCGACCAGAAACGGCUGCAGAGAAGACCAGACCUAUGGCUAAAGUCCCCAAGUCGGUGUCAACUGGUGCCCUGUCCCUGUUAAUCCCUGGAGAUAUCUUUGGGGUGUCUCCACUUGCCAGCCCUCUUUCUCCUUACUCCCUCUCCUCGGACCCGUCCUCCAGAGACUCCUCUCCGAGCAGAGACUCCUCCCUCUGCGCCACCAACGCCCGGCAGCCCAUCAUCAUCCACAGUUCUGGAAAGAAGUUUGGUUUCACGCUAAGGGCCAUCAGAGUGUACGCUUGUGACAGUGACAUGUACACAGUCUAUCACAUGGUCUGGAAUGUAGAAGAUGCUGGUCCAGCCCAUAAAGCUGGGCUCAAAGCUGGAGACCUGAUCACUCAUGUGAAUGGAGAACCUGUCCAUGGACUGGUCCACACAGAGGUGGUGGAGCUCCUGCUAAAGAGUGGAAGCAAAGUGGCCAUCUCUACAACUCCCUUUGAGAACACGUCAAUAAAAACGGGUCCGGCCAGGAGGAACAGCUACAGAAGCAAGAUGGUGAGAUGUGGAAAGAAAUCCAAAAAGGAGAAGACACCAGAAAGGCGGCGCUCCCUCUUCAAACGUUUCGCCAUGCAGCCUUCUCCUCUGCUUCACACCAGCCGCAGCUUCUCCUCCCUGAACCACUCUCUGUCAUCCGGUGAGAGUUUGCCUGGCUCCCCCACCCACAGCCUCUCCCCUCGCUCCCCCACUGCUGCCCUCCGAACUGCACCAGAUUUCAACCAGUCAGGUGGUAACUCCUCCCAGAGCAGCUCUCCCAGCUCCAGCGCUCCAAACUCACCCGCAGGCUCAGGCCACAUCCGUCCCAGCACUCUGCAUGGCCUCGGCCCAAAGCUGCCGGGUCAGAGGCUCCGACAGGGACGCCGAAAGUCUGCCGGCAGUAUCCCCCUCUCUCCGUUGGCCCGUACACCUUCCCCCACUCCGCAGCCGACAUCUCCUCAGCGUUCACCAUCUCCUCUUCUUAGCGGACAUCCUGUAACGAUUUCCAAGGCGACGCAAUCUUUCCCAUCCAAAAUACACUCCCCUCCCACCAUUGUACGCCAUAUUGCCUGCCCUAAAAAUGCAGAGCCGCCUCGCUCGCCCCUCCUGAAGCGUGUCCAGUCUGAGGAGAAGCUGUCCCCGUCAUACACUGGGGAGAAGAAACACCAUUGUACCAGAAAACACAGCUUGGAGGUCACCCAGGAGGAGGUGCAGGAUGAGGAGCUGACAGCUUCUGAGAGAGAUUACACUUUCCUGCAGAGUGUGGAGGAAACGGCUAGUGAGCCGCUGCCCAUCAAUCGCCUUCGGCCCGUUGAGCAGGGCUGCUUAAAGAGGCCCGUCAACCGAAAGGUAGGACGGCAGGAGUCUGUGGAGGAGCUCGACAAAGAAAAACUGAAAUUCAAGAUGGUGGUUAAGAGGCAGGACUGGUCAGAGAGAAGGGAGUCUCUGCAGAAACAAGAUGCUCUGCUGGAAUCUGACCCACUGCCCCCAUGUGGCGAUGAGAGGGAUGAAGGUUUCCUUUUCCCAAUCCAGAAUAAAGCCCAGAAAAGCCCAGAGUCCGGUCUGGAGAUCAAAGCUGCUAGCGCAACGCUUAAAGAUGUUCUGUACAAAAAGCUGUCCACACGAGUCUCUGAGGGCUUCGACGCUCCCGGUGGGAGCUGUGAGAGCGAAGGAAGCACCCGGUCGACUCCCUGCACACCUCACCCUGAGCGGCAGCAUCCUCGGCAGGGGAAAGACGCCGUCAAGCCCGACAGACUGGACUUUAAGGCUCCAAACAUUGAGUUCACCAGGAAAAGGCUGUCGUUUGAAGACAGAGAAGACUGCAUGUGUCGGCUGUCCUCCGGCCUCCACGAGAACCUCCAUUUUGGCUCCAUGAGAUCCAAGAGCCUCCAGCUGGAUACUGUCAUGUCUCAUGACCACAUGAAGGGCAGCAGUCACUCAAACGCUGAAUGUCUGGCCCCGAAACUUUUCUCCGGGAGGGAGGGGAGCGCUGUGGAGAAACUCCAGCUCAUUUCCUCUGCCGAGUCCCCACUGAGGAAGACUUCAUCCGAGUACAAACUGGAGGGGCGACACGUCUCCUCCCUUAAACCUCUAGAGGGGACUCUGGACAUUGCUCUCCUUUCAGGACCCAGGGUUUCAAAAACUGAGAGCUGUCUCUCCAAGAUGACAGACCACACAAGCGACACCCUUCCUGUGAGUCCAUCGGUACGGAUUAAGAGUCCAACUGAGAGACAGAUCACCAUCCCUCAAGUGAAAGCAGAUAAAAUGAAAACCUCCCAGCCCUGUUCACCGAGCAGUGAAGCUGCUUCUCCUGUAACCAGUGACGUCGUCUCUAAAGAUCAGCCAAAUACCGCAGCAGAUGACUUUAAAAGCAGCGAGAAGACACAGGACAGAGCCAGAGACUCAUUAAAGGCUUCAGGGGCCAAACAGGAAAGCCGUGCUAGUGUUAAAGCCUCUUCCUCUCUAGCUCAUGACCACAGAGGCCCCCGACACACCCCCCACUUCACCUCCAGCGGGAAAACCCCCUCUAUACGGGAAGUGAGCAACGAAGAUCAGGAGGAUGAAGCGGAGCAAGAGGGAUUCCCACCAAACACUACACCACGAAAUAAAAACGGGUCAGAAACCGUGGCAACAAAGCAGGAUCUAAACUCCAAACCCCCCCACCGUGUAGAGAUGGAUCAUAUUCCAACACCGCAGCAGCAGAGCACAGACAGUGGUUUGGAUGCAGACCAGCAGCAGAGAGCUGAGAAAACAAAAUCUGCUGUAACCUCUGUGCCUGAAGAGCCUGAACAAGAGAACGUGCUUUCUAAACUGAAACCAGUCAACAUCUGCUCCUCCGACGCACAGACAAGAGCUUCUGUGACAACACCAGCAUCAUCUUCCAAGCGGGAUAAUAAAUCCAGCUGUUCAAAUUCUCAAGUUGUCUGCAAAGCAUCUGAUGGAGAUGCUGUGCUGUCAAAGAGAAAAACUGACAGAGCAGACGCUGAAAUCAGUCCCUUCUCCUCCAAAGCGGAGCAUAGCACAGACGCCUGUGCAAUAAAUUCAGACACUUCCUUAGUUUCUGCAACACAGGAGACAAUAGAUGUGAACAAAAAAGUUACUGGUGAUUCUCAGAAGAAAGAAGUUCCUCUAGUUUCAUCCAAGAACUCUGUGAGUUUGAAAGAUUUGGGUCAGCCUCCGAAACACUGUCCUGCUGAAAAAGCGGAGCAUAAACCAUCAGAUUCAGAGUUUAAGAAGGGAGUAAAGGAAAACACGGUGGUCCAGUCUGCAAAAAUCAAAGUUUCAGCUCCAAAUGAAAAGCUUUCGAGCCCUAAAGGUAAAUCUAGACCCGAACCUCAACCUGCAGGUCCUGCUUCUGUGAAAGAUUUGGUUCCAGCUGAGGUAAAGUCUCAUAGCACAACUGCCCCAGUCCCGGUGAUCAAAGGAAGUCCAAGCUCAAAACAUCCUAAAGAAUCUGCAGCCACUGUGACAAGCAUUCAAGCAACCAAGGAUACUAAACAUGGAGAUCUUUGCCUGUCCAUCGGCUUCAGCACAAAGCAAGAAGAACCAGCUCAGCCGUCACAGUCACCCAAACAAAAGGCCACUCAGCCCAACAGCUCUGGUACCAUAAAACACAACACAGACUCCAAGCAAAAACCAAUCCCCCCUAAAGCCACGCAGUCUGCUCCGCACAUCAAGCAAAAUCAAGAUACGAAACCAAAAGAACGCUCACCCAAAAACCAAGCUCAUCCUGAAUCGAAACCAAAAGAUGUAAUCUGGCCUUCCCCUUCAUCUCAGCUUCAGCAGCUCAGAAAGGAGCAGCCAUCAGAGGGUGGGGCUUCUCCCAGUCCUCCACCUGUGCUGCCAAAGCCUGCCGUGAAAAAGGACGUGUUCGUGCUGAACCAUGGGGAAACCUUGCAUGAGGUCGGAAGCGAGCCCAUCAUCAAAGCAUCUAUGGAUUCGCAAAAACAGGACAAUUAUAAACCCCCGGAUGCACAAAACGCAACAAACGACAAGCAGCCCGUAUCCACCCGGAGGGAGACGGCAGACAAGAAGAAAAAAGACUCUGUUCAGGAAGUCGCUUCUGCACAGAAAACUACAAAACGAGACACUUCGCGGGCCUCUCCCUCUGUGCCAAAAGACUCUUCAGAUAAGGACAGUAGCAGGUGCAAACAGCAGAAGGAGUCACCUCGUAACUCCGGCAACAAGAAGUAAACACAAUUAAAUAGUUUCUCUAAGCAUCGUCAUGCCUUCUUCUUUUGGGCUUUAUUCAAGGACCGGCUAAGCUGUUACAUGCCGAUAUAGGUGUUAGCAUCUCUUUAUUUGCUGAUGACAUUGGUGUUUUUUUUUCUCUUCAGGUAAAGUGAAUGUUUGAGGGUUUGUUUCUUUGUUUCCUCACCAAAGGCUUUGUGCAAUCAGUAUGUGAGAGGCUGAAAUGUGAUGAAGAGAUAGUGCCAUAAAAGAUUUUCAAUUGCACUUUUACUAGUGGCCUCGGAGAACAUGAUGCCAAGGCCUUUUAAUGCAGUAGACCACGUGAUUUUAAUAAGCAGUUCAGCUAAUUUCCUAUUAGUUUUUCCCUUCCUGUUAUGAUCCGUUCGAUUCAUGAUUGUCCAUCAGGUGGUACACAGAGGGAAUACACCACGUUAUGUUCACAUAAAAGUGCAGAAUCAUGUUCCGGUUCUAAGUGAAGGGGCCUUCGACAUAAGGGGAAUGAAACCUCUUGCUCUUCUUAGCAAGGAGUUGUUUGUUCACAUUCCUUUGACAUCUGUACAUAUAGUUCUGAUUUUUAUGCAAUAUGGUGUAAAUAGGGUAUUGUAAAGCAGGGAAAACAUGGGCUUACAUGAUUGUUUGUAUUAUAUGUAAAGAUUUUGCUGUGUCAUGUUUGUAUGCUCGAUAUAAAGACGUUCUGCUCUGUGGUCUAAAGUCUAAUCAAAGGUUUUCUCUUCACUGACAUCUACCAUGUUUUCACAUGUUUCGAAACUGACUUGAAGAGUUCAAAAGCUUCAGAAGCUAACUGGGCUAUUUCUUAAGAUGUAGCAUUAUAAAUAAAUCUAUAUAGAAAAUAAAAAUAAAAAACUGUGAGGGCUAUCAGCGUUUCUCAAGAAUGUCUCUAUUGUGCGUUGGCGUUUUUUUUUUAAGAAAGCUCAUCGAUUGUUUUUUGCUGGAGGAAAUAAACAAGCGCUUCUGCACAUGUGCAGGUGGUUCAGAAAACAAACAUCCUCUUUGGGUUGUCUAGUUGGGGGAUUUAUGCUGAGUCACACAAGGAAUGUGCCAUUUUAAAAGGGUUGGUGUUGAAGUGUUUCACUGUGCCGUUUUCAUUCAACGCUAAGCUUCACUCGAGUGCUUGCGUAGUUUAUUCCAUCUUGCAAAUACUCUAUACCACUUUAUACAGGCUGUCAUGUAUCCCUGUUCCCUCUUAUUAUUGAUGCCUUUAAAUUACAAACUGUUUGAUAAACUGAAAUUAAUUUACAUUAUUCUUAGCAGCAUAUACUGUACUUUAUUUUUGAAAUCUCAUGAAUUUACCUUGACAAAAAUGAUAUCUAAAUGUUCCACGCUGUUUCCAACAAUUAUAGGGGUUUUAUCGUGAACCAAUCAAAUGUUUUCCUGCAUUAGAUAUUGUAAAGAUAUUGUGAGAAACUGCACCUUAAUGUUCAAGUCCAUAGAUUUGGAGGUAAAGUAGAUUCAACACUUCAUUUUCAUUAAUUAAACCCCAUUUUUUGUGUUCCCAUGAUGACAGACAUUUAAAAGCACAUUCAGUGUUUGUUUACAAAGCCUCAUGGAUGUAUAUUCUGUAUAUUGUUAAUUUGCCAAAUCUGUAUUGUGUCUCGGAUAAUGUCGCUGAUGGCCAUGUGAGACCUUUGCUCUCCUGCCAGCAGGAUGUUCGUUUGUGCGGUAAUCAAUGUUCUUUCAUGUCGAGUUCUUCACGUCUGCUUGUCUCUUCAGGUCCCUUAGUUUCUGUGUGCAACACUGGUAUUAGGUGAACUUGCUCUCUUUGGUUUGUCUUUUAGAAAAAUGUGCAAUAAAAGUGUUUUGAGUUUUUGUAUUUUGCCCAAGAAAAGCUCUAUGGAUGUCAUAGAUGUUGUAUAUUAACAGAUAUUUAUACUUCUAAUGUUGCGUAAUACUGAAAAUAAAAUGAGAUUCUAAAUGAC